AUGGCUGCUCCAUCAGAUUUGACAAAGGUGUAUGCCCUGUGGCAUUGUGGUGCCGAUGGAUGCAUGUGGAACGAAGCCGUAGAUAACUCCUACUUUGAUUGGAUCGUCAACCGUGGUGAUGGCCAGCCCACCGCCAACUUGAUCAUCUUCUCAUUCCUCAACCCAGUGAAUGUGCUCAGCUCAGGUGUCCAGGCCGUGCCCGCCGGUCUCACCCCAUCAAUGAUUCAGUACCUCCAAUCCAAUGGCAUCUCGGUCAUGUUCUCGAUCGGUGGCGAGGAGUGGUCGAGCGAGUGGGACCAAGCACUGGGCCAAGAUCCCGUCACUCUCGGUAAGAAUGCCGCUGCCAUCGCACAGCAGUUUGGCGUUGGCAUUGAGAUUGAUUACGAGAGCGAGCAAUCCACUCCACUUCUCGACCAGUUUGUCAAGGCCUACCGUUCAGUCCUGCCAAUGGACAACUCUACUUCCGCCACUGAUAGCUCACUCCUCACUGUUGACACUGGAUCUGGAACUGGAUACUUGACAUCAGUCUCGCAGUGGGCAUCAACUUGGUUGGAGGAGGGUCUCAUCAACUGGAUCAACGCAAUGGUCGCAGGUGGACCAUACGGAUCAAUCGGUGAGGCCACUCAGUAUUGGGAUGAGCAUCUCCAGGGUACAUCAUGGGCCAACAUACCACCAAUGAACCCAGAGCAUUUGGUUGUAAGCCUUUACAGUUGUGAUGGAUCGGCCAACUGCAAUGCUUACCCGGGAUCAGUGCUACAGGGUGCCGUUGGUUGGGUGCAACAACAAAACACUCGUGGUAUCAGCUUCUGGGUUGGUGGAUGCGUCAGUCCAACAGUAUGCUGCAACAACUGUCCAGGUAUUCAACAAGGAUCUGAGGCACUUAUCUCCAACUAA